GGCCUGUAAUGUGUACCAUUUAACAUAUGCUUUAUAAUAUAGAUAUAUGGUUAAUGAAUAUAAUCUUAGGUUAAUGCUAAGGUCAUAUGUAAGCAGGAUUUAGUUUAAAUGAAUUUAGUUUGAUUGGAACUAGAGGAACUAUGGAUUUUAUGUCAAGAUUUCACAAUUUGGAAGGAAAUUUGAUAGGAGAAAGGAAGAAGAGCCUUUUUCAGUUAAUAAACAAUCCAUCUUUAUUUCAAAGUGAACAAGAUCAAAUUGAAGCCUUGGAAAAAUUGGAGCCUAAAACUUACCAAGAAAGCCUUUUUUACAUUGAUACUUUAAUAUAUUUCAAAAGAAUUGAGAUACUUCUUGAAGUUCUGAAGGGAGGAAAUCAGCUUUUUGCUACUAAGAUUUUGAAGCAACCUUGGUUUUUUGAGUUAGCCUUUAAAGAUAUUGAAGUAAAUGUAAUAGUUAAUGGAUAUAUGCCAUAUUUUUCAUAUGUUGUUAGAACAAAAUUAAUUACAAAAUUAUCACAAUGCUGGAAUGAGGAAAAAACAGAUGAAUUAUUUGAUUCUUUAGAGAACAAAUAUGGACUUACAACUGCAUUACCAGUAUUGCCAAAAUGUACUCUAGAUAAAAUAAAAUCAGUUUUAGAAGAAAAUGAUAUAAAAUUUCGAUCAAAUCAAGUGAUUGCGCUCUUCACCAAAAAUGAGAACAUUCUAAAAUUCUACUUGAUUCAGUUUAAAACCACUACAGGAUCAGCUUAUAGUGAACAAAAAGUAGUUAGGCAUAUAGGUUUAAAUAACCCAAAGCUGUUAUUGGAACUAGAAAAAGAUGAAAUUCUCCAUGUACAUUCAGUAGGGAAAAGAACUACUAAAAGUAUAAUGAAAAUAUCAAAAGAUGAUAUUUUCAGAAAUUGCGAGCGAUAUCUUAGGUUUUUAAAUAAAUCUGUGAUGGUUCACAAAUUGGGUACAGAUUUUAAAACAUUUUUCAAAAAAAUAUUUCCUCGAUCGUUUCUAGAGCUACCGAACUUUUGCAAUAGUAAUGAAUUUAUUAAAUAUUAUCCUAAAAAUAGAAGAUGGCAACUGUUUUAUGAAACAUGUAAUGAAAACUUUGUGAAUAAAUCUGAAAAGGAUAUACUAGGGGUACUUGGUCCUCACAUAACAGAAUUUAAACCGCCCCAAGAGACACUUCAUAAAUGGGCAGCUUUUCAUUAUGAAAAGCGGGAAACUAAUUAUGAAGAUUAUUUAAAAUACUAUCCAGCUUCUGAAGCAUUUGAGAUUAUCAAGAAGAAAAUUAACCAUACCUCAGAUGCGAAUCGUAAAUCUUCUUUAUUAGGUUUGUUGAUUGAAAUUUGUACCAGAAAUAAAGAUGCAACCAGUUUAGAAAUUAUUUUGGAAUAUAUUUUUACAAGGCUUAAUAAAGAAACUUUCCAUGCAGAGGACUUAUUAUCUUCAAUAUGUAAUUCAUAUAAAUUGGGUAAUUUGAAUGAAAUCCAUUGGAAAUAUGUUUAUAAUAUACUAACUAUUUUAAAAAUACAAAAAAAUCCUCAUUACCAUUUCUACACUGGCAUAAGAAAACAUUAUUUGAAAUUUAUGGUGGAAAAUGACAUUGAAGUUGAACAAAUUUUUAUUGAUUAUUUUAAAGAGUUGAUUGAAGAUGAUUACUUCAAUGAAUUAAGAUUAAAAAAUCUUGCAACUGAAAAAAAAAUAUAUAUUCGAUUUUGUGAAAUGGUUUCAAAAGUUUUUGUCGAGAAUCAUCAAAAUGCUCCUUUUCAUCGUUUAAUAUGUAUAUUGGUUAAGUUUUGUGUAAGUUUUCCUAGCCAUUAUAUCAAUUUGAAUCAAUUCCCUGAAAUAACAUUUGCUGUAAAAUCUGUUUUCAACAAGGAAACUUUUGAAAGGAGUGAAUUGGACCUUAUACCGAAAGUUAUUAUAUAUAAUGACUUUUAUCCGCAGUAUGCUUUCUCUAUUUCUAAUGCAACUUUGUUAAAUAUAUUCGCAUUAGGAAUAGAACAACAAGGUUAUGUUCGGGCGUUUGAGGAAGUUUUUAUCAAAGUAGUUCAAAAAAAGAGGAGGACUAUUUUUGGAAAUGAUUUGCUUAAUUUCUAUUUAAACAGCCUCUGUAAAGAUUAUUAUCAUACAUCAUUAAUUGAUUGGCUCCUUAAAAAUGAACCAAGUACGCUAGUACCUUACUACGAUGUAAUACUAGAGAACAAUCUCAAACAAAAUUAUGGAACUUUUUUGGAUAAUAAAUUUAUUAAGCAGUAUUCACAUUUGGGUUUUGAUAAAAAAAUGAAAGAAUAUUAUAUGAACCGGUUAGAUGAAACUGACAAAAACGAUACAAGUAUAUUAAAUAAAUGUAUAGCUAGAAGCUACCAUAUACUAACUCCAGAGGAGAUAAUAAAUAUUGUGGAGAAUAGAUUUUUACCAAAAAAUAAAAAAAUUAACCUGGAAGAUGAAGAAAUGCGUAAUAUGUUCACCAUUCAGUUGAAUAUUGCGAAAAUUUUAGGAAAAGUGGAUGAACCAUACAAAAUGUUGCCAACAAUAAUGAAAUUUGCCAAAGGUGAUUACUUGCGAUCAACUCUACCAGCUUUAUACAGUACUUUUCACAAAUCACCAGAAAGGUUACUGUAUUCAUAUGUAGAACAAUUAUCAAAACAAGCUGUGUCUGCUAGAAAACAUGCUAUUUUUCUUAGUUGUGCAGUUCUUGAUAAAAAAUACACCACUAAUCUAUUAACCACUACAAUCCAAUCUAAUGUGUCCAGUCAGAAACAUGUUUUUAGUGCUACUUUAAAAUAUUUCUCGAAAAAUCCUUCACAUGAUAUUUUCCAUCUAGUUCUAGAUAGAUUAAGUAACAUUGAUAAAAAUGACGUCGAGACUUUAGAGAGUUUAGUAAAGAAAAAUGUACCAUCGAAAUACCGGACCCGGUACGUUGAAAAAUGUUUAUAUUUUUAUGAAGAUUUGGAAGUCAGUCACAUUGAAAUAGAUGGUUAUCUUGAAACAUUGUUUGAAUACAUGUCUGGUUAUAUCGUCACAUCUUUUUCGGAUGACUUUGUUAUUUAUGUCAUAAAAAAAUAUUUUGGCAAGGUAAAUAACUUUGGAACGUUUAUAGUUCAAGUUUUCAAAAAUAGAUUGUCAAAUCGUAUUCGUAACUUUAAUAUCGUAUUUGAGUUUCUAUCAAACUCAUCACCCAUUAUGGUCAAUAAGUUUUUUCAAACUUUUGUUGAUGCCGUUUCUAAAAAUCAAGUUACUGAUACAAGUUUUGUGUCUCUAUUUUCUGAGUACUGGUGCACACAUUUUACAAUUACCAAACAAUUGAGGUCGCACAUCACCUUAAAACUGUUAUUAUUACGUUUAGAAAAUCGUUCCAUUGAAAAUUAUGCAUAUGCAGUUUUCGACUACUUAAAUGAACUAAUCUCAGGGUUGACUAUUCUUGUUUUUCCUGUGUUCAAAGAGCAACUAUCUGUUGCUUUGAGUGAUUUAGACGAAGUGGAUAAGUUACGCUUCUUGUUGGCUAUUUUAGAUUACAGAACGGACGUUACCGCUUACGUUUUAAUAAUGCAACUAAUUAGAUAUAUACAUGAGGAUGAUCGGAAAGAGUUGAGAAAUAUUUAUGUUCACAUUAUGGACCGAAUUAAACAAGUAGAAAUCCCAAUAGUUGUUGCAUAUUGUAAAAUGCAUUUAGGAUGUACCUGCAUAGAAUAAUAGCAUGAGUGUUGUUCUGCAUUUAAAAAGUAAAAUUUCAAUUUCAACCAUAUAACUUUAUUACUAAUUUGUAGUCAUUGAAAUUAAUAUCAUUUAGGCAAAAGAAGGGAAGACGCUUAUUCGGAUUUCUUUCAAAGUUAUUUGCGAUUGCAAAGAUUAAAGUGAAUUUUAUCUGUUAAUUCAUACUGAAAUCGUAAGGAAUAAAACUUUGUAUACAAUAUAAAAUAAUAUGGGGUUUUUACUGUCUAAGUAUUCGGUUCAAAGUAUAAACUUUAAUUUUGACAAAUUAGUCUCGCGCAUUGAAAAACAUGAAUAUAGCUUAGUUGAAAACAUAAUUUGAUUAGGUAUUGCAUAAUUCACCAUUUAAAUAGAAUAGCAGUAACCUUUUUUAGUGUUCUUUCAACCUAUAUUUCUGUUUCCUCACUAAAAAUUUGUAAUUUUUCGAUUAGUUUUGUAGGACUUACAUAUCACUAUACAUUUUCUAUUCUGUUGGAUUUAACCUGCAUUUAUUUACACUUUGUAUUCAAAAUCAUGGUCGUUUACAUAUGCAUAAUCAUUACAAACAAGAAUUUCUUAUUUUAUCUGUAUGCUUCGAUCUCUAGUUUUUCAGUCAUGUCAAUUAUUUUCCAUAAAAGCUUGCUUGUUGAGAAAACGAUGGAAUUAUUUUUUGUAAGUCUUUAUGAUGACAGUAUAAAUUAUGUCACUAGUUGAUUACAACAAAUAUAAGCUUAUAUUUAAACAUGAUUUUCUAAAUAUUAGUUUAAAAAAUAAAUAGGUAUCUAAAAAAUAUUUUUCUCUUUCUUAAUACAAGUAAGAUUUUAGACGGAAAAAUAAUUCGACAAUAGUGACCUAAGUUUAACCAUCUAUUCAUAAAUUUUGAGCCAAUCUGACUUCACUGAAUAUUAGAAUAUUUUGGAAACACAAUUGUCAACUCCAAUAAUGUUAAAAUAAUGAAUAGCGUGGAUAGUUUUUAUAUUUAUUAACUUCUAUAUCAUAAAAUGUUCAAAGACACUAUCAUUUGUCUAAAAAGUGCUCUGGCCAUCACUACUGACGUCUGACAUUGUUUUUUUGCUUGCUUCGUUUAUCUCGUUCACCCUCCUAGCUGUCACGUAUUGUUAGUUUGUUUUUCUCGCGCACAGGACAGAGAACAUAGACAAUGAUGAAUAGAGUUGCUUCAAUAAGUAUCUGAGAAUCGACAAAUAAAUUAUUGUAGAAUUUAUAAUUUUUCAUUUAGUGAAGUUAUACAUAUUUUUUCAAUUUCUGUGUCUACUUAUCCGUAUAUUUAGAGGGCAAGUACUAAAAAAUAGUUUAGAAAGUUUGUCGAUUAUUAAAGAUUGUAAACUUCAAUAUAUCUGAUAGUAGGUAUCAAAGGUUUGUAGCAGAAACUUGUGUGUAAGAUAACUGUGAUACCGAUUGCCAUAAUUUUCAAAUUAUUAUUUGUUACAAUAUAGUAAACGAUUAUUAUAGUCUAAGAUCCAGUGCUCCGUAGGCUCAGUAUAGUAGCAAACACCAUUUUAAAGCCAGGUAUACUGGUAUACGUUCUCUAGAUGAAAUGAAGGGUCACUAUUCCCAUCGAGGGUUCCUUUGGGCGUGCCUAAAAGUCGAAAGGCAUUACACUGGAUUUUCAAAACGUGAUUGCAGCAUGUCUACCAUUUGAUAUCUUCGAAAAAUUUAAUGGCAGACACUAAUUCUGGUUUCUACUAUAUUUUUUUAUAAUGUCAAAACUACAAAAAUUUUGUAAUCUUGAGUUAUUUCAGCAAAGCUAAAAUGUAGCUAGACCUCAUAAUAGUUCUUAGCCGUGCUAAUAAAGGUGCACGAUUUUGAUUCUUUCUAUAAAAUUUUGAGAUUUGAAAUUAUAAAAUUAUACUAGGAACCGGAAUAGGUGUCUGCCAUGAAAUUUUUCGAUAAAAGUGGUAAAUUUUAAUAUAUGAAAACACCCGACAUGCUGCAAUCACGUUUUGAAAUUCCAUUUUAAUAUCUUUCGACUUCUAGGCACCCCCAAAGAAACCCUCAUUUCAUCAAUGGCACAUGCACCAGUGUACUUUGAAUUAAAAUGGAGUUUGCUACUAUACUGUAAGUCUGUGGAGCACUGGCUUUUAGUCUAUUAGUAUUUUUGUAUUAUUAUAUAUAUGCAAUUUAAUACAUGCACAAUUUUUCACUACUUAUUGUUAGUUUUUGCUCAGUAUUAUGUUUUUUGUAUUCAGUUAAUUGUUUAGUACUGUUGAAUAAAAAUGUGUGAAUCUAAA